CUUUCCACCAUCAUCAUUGACUGGACGCGUGUUAUAGUCUUUCUCCAAUACGAUGUCGCACCACCUGUUCUUGCUCUCGCCUUCAGACACGCCGCUGUACAGCCUGACGCACUACUCAACGAAGCCGGCCCAAGCUGCGGCGGCGUCGCCCUUGUCUGCGAAUCUGCCCACAUGGUCCACCUCCGCGUUCGCAGGGACGCUCACAGCACUCUCGGGGGCCUCGAGCAUGACACAGUCGCACUACGUCCAAGGGAGCGGCGUGAAGAUGGGGGGUGGACAGGACCGGCACGUCAUACAGAUGAUUGCGAACGCGAGCCUGGAUGCCAUCGAAGAUGUCAUGCGCAGGGACGGUGCGAUGUAUCUCAAGUCUGUGGACAAGUUCAACGAAUGGACGGUGUCCGCGUUUGUUACACCAGGAAACAUGAAGUUCAUAUUGCUGCACGAGAGCAAAAACGACGAGGGGAUCCGGCUGUUCUUCCAUGACGUAUGGGAGCUCUACGUCAAGACGGCGUUGAAUGCGUUUCAUACGGCACACAGUGCUAUUCGUAGCCCAGUGUUCGAUACACGUGUACGGGCGAGUGCGAAAAAGCAUCUAUGAACACUGAGGGGGAUGAGGCAGGCAGGGACCACAAAAACGGAAGGAGAUGGGUGAUUUUCCUUUUUGACUGGUGGGGAACAAAAACAAUAGAGGCAGGGCUACUGCGCCCAUAGGGGCUUACACGUGUACGCUAAGGAUGGAUUGGGGUAACAGUUAUCGGAGCCGCGGGUGGUUGGCAGGGAGAGAGGCAGAGUGAAUUUGGGGAUGUGGAAAGGAAUGGCGAUGGCAAUGGAUAUGCGGUCGUCGACGGGAGCGAUCGUGCGGUGACGGAAGGAGAAAUGUAGGAGGAAUGUAUGUCGUCGUUGUUGAGUCAGACCGGGGUCCUCUCGGGGUCCUGAGACCAGGGGGAUAGCCACUGGUGGAGAGAUCAAUAGGG